UUUCUUUUCUCUACAAAGUAAAAAAAAAAAAAGGAAAAAAAGAGAGGAUUCUCUCGCCAAAUCUCCGUCGUCUCGUUCUCUUCUUCUUCCAUAUAAACCCCACAGCCACCACAAUCGCCACCAGUAACAGUAGCUCCCGAUUCUCCCGCCGGCGGCCUGCCUCCGUUUCGUUGGAAGUGUUCGGGAGACUCGGAUUUUGGUUUUUUAUUUAUUUAUAACUCGCUGAAAUCCACCUCCGUCGCUGGCUGCCGCGCGCUCGUCUCUCUCAAUGGUGGAGAUGAUGACGGCGGCGACGACGACGACAGAGGAGAAGAGCGAGAGCUGCGGGAGCCGAGCAGUGCAGGAAGGCAGGUCCUCGUCGGCGUCUCCGCCGCCGCAGGGGAGGCAGCAGAGGCAGAAGCUGGAGGUGUACAAUGAGGUUCUCCGUCGGCUGAAGGAAUCGGACAAUGAAGAGGCCGGUCGUGACGGCUUCGACGACGAGCUCUGGUCUCACUUCAGCCGCCUCCCCGUUCGAUAUGCAUUGGAUGUAAAUGUGGAAAGAGCUGAGGAUGUUCUAAUGCACAAGAGACUACUGCAUUUGGCUCACGAUCUGGCUAAUCGGCCGGUGAUCGAAGUCCGGCUAGUACAGGUUUCUCCUAGUCCUGAUGGUAAGUGGACUGAUGAUUCUAACUAUCCAGGAUCUAAUGGGGAGGAAUCUGCCCAAAGCAGUCGACAGAGUAUGCACCCACCUCCUGCAUUUGGUUCAUCUCAUAAUCUUGAAGCACUUGCACUUGAAGGAAAUGAUUCUGAAGGUCAGGAUAGUGAUCAUUCUGUACAUGCCAAUUCACAGUUCUCUCGGCACAUGCAUGAAAUUACGUUUUCAGCUGAGGACAAGCCAAAACUUUUAAGUCAGUUGACUUCCAUGCUUGCUGAUGCUGGAUUGAACAUUCAAGAAGCACAUGCGUUUUCAACAGUUGAUGGUUACUCAUUGGAUGUCUUUGUUGUUGAUGGUUGGCCGUAUGAGGCAUUGGUUUUGGACCUUUUCAGGAAACGGAGCAGCUUAGAACCGCUUUGUUAAAGGAAGCUUACAAAAUUGAGAAUCAGACUUGGUCAAACCAUCACUCACUACCUUCUACAAAGAAACUUGAGCAAAUUAGUGUCAAAUGUGAUCCUGAUUGCGUGACCAUACCCAACGAUGGGAUUGAUGUCUGGGAAAUUGAUCUUAAACAACUAAAGUUUGACAACAUGGUGGCAUCUGGAUCAUAUGGGGACUUGUACAAAGGUACUUACUGUAGCCAAGAAGUAGCUAUCAAAGUUCUGAAGGCUGAGCGAGUAAAUACAGAUAUGCAGAGAGAGUUUGCCCAGGAAGUCUACAUAAUGAGGAAAGUUCGGCAUAAGAAUGUUGUACAAUUCAUUGGUGCAUGCACCAAACCACCAAGUUUGUGUAUAGUAACAGAAUUCAUGUCUGGCGGCAGCGUGUAUGAUUACCUACAUAAACACAAGGGAGUUUUCAAGCUUCCCUCCUUACUUAAAGUAGCAAUAGAUAUUUCCAAAGGAAUGAACUACUUGCACCAAAACAACAUAAUUCACAGAGAUCUGAAGGCUGCAAAUCUUCUCAUGGAUGAAAAUGAGGUGGUAAAGGUUGCAGAUUUCGGGGUCGCCAGGGUGAAAACUCAAUCUGGUGUCAUGACAGCUGAAACCGGGACCUACAGAUGGAUGGCUCCUGAGGUCAUCGAGCACAAGCCAUAUGAUCACAAGGCCGACGUCUUCAGUUUCGCCAUCGUACUAUGGGAGCUAUUAACCGGAAAGCUUCCAUACGAGUACUUGACACCGCUUCAGGCAGCAGUUGGCGUGGUCCAGAAGGGCUUACGGCCUACGAUUCCCAAGCACAGUAACCCGAAGCUUGCGGAUCUCCUCGAGAGAUGCUGGCAGCAGGAUCCAGCACUGAGACCCGACUUCUCCGAAAUCAUCGAGAACCUGCAACAGAUAGCCAAAGAGGUUGGAGACGACUUGGGCGACGGGCGGAAGGAGAAGUCCCACGGAGGGUUCCUCUCCGCCCUUAGAAGAGGCCACCAUUGAUGAUACAAAAGGUGAAGGGAGAAGAGAAAAUUUGAGCAUGGGAUUUCCACAGCCAAAAAAAAAAAAAAGAACGUGGUGCAGGGUUAAAUUAUUCACUGUUAUCUUCUUGAGGUUGUCAAAUCAAUGUACAGUAAUAUUAUAUCCCAUUUUUCUCCCUCUCGCUUUGUCCUUUGUUACGUUUGUUCGAAAAGAAGAAACAAUCAUACCUGGAUCCUUACUCGGGCUUUUCCGGUUCAUCGUUAUGGGCUGUCGACUGGGUUUUGUUUAACGGGCUCAACUCCUUUGGGCCCAUGGCUAUGAUAAUAUGGGAUGACUGUAGGGGGUGAUAAAGGUUUAGGACUUUAGGUGGUGGUGGAUGUUGUAAUAUAUUUAUUAUUCUAUCCGGAAUAAUUUGGAUUCAACUCAUAUAAAAAUUGGGCACAUAAUUAAAUUCAUGUCUAU